AUGCUCACUUUCGCCGACAGGCUGAACGCCCAGGUUGCUGACUCUGCAGUUGGACGAUGGUUCCGCUUGGAGGGCUCUGGUCAUGCCCGUGAGCGCGAAGGUUCACGCUUUAUGACAGAUAUUCGUGCAGGUAUAACGACCUGGAUCUCGGUCAACGCUUCUAUUUUAUCAGACUCUGGAGGAACCUGUGUCUGUGAAGCAGCCAAUAACUGUGCCACUGAUCCGACAUAUCUUCAAUGCAUUCAAGAGGUGAAACAAGAUCUCAUUACUUCCACAGCAGCCAUGUCUGCUCUGGCAUCAGUCUUAAUGGGUGCCCUUGCGAAUUUACCUGUCGGUAUGGCUCCAGGAAUGGGACUUAAUGCCUAUUUCACAUACUCUGUCGUUGGUUAUCACGGCAGUGGAUUUAUUACUUAUCAGGAAGCACUCGCUGCUGUCUUCUUGGAAGGAUGGAUCUUCUUCAUCCUGUCCCUUCUCGGCUUGCGUCAAUGGCUUGCUCGCAUUAUGCCGCAAUCCCUUGUCCUUGCCGUCGGUGCUGGUAUUGCAUCUGGUGGUUUGAAUGUGAUUGGAGGUGACACCACCAACCUCGUUGGCCUUGGUGGCUGUCUCGAGUCAGGUACCCUUACUCCAUAUGAUUGGCUGCCUAACAUGCCGUACUUUUGUGGAACCCAAGUACUGCGCAGUCCUACCGUAUGGCUUGGCAUCUUUACCGGCGGUAUCCUCACGAUCCUAUUGAUGCUAUAUCGUGUCAAGGGCUCCCUUCUAAUCGGUAUCUUCAUCACUUCCGUCAUCUCUUGGCCGCGCAACACUUCCGUCACCUACUUCCCACACACCGACUCCGGUGAUCAGCUGUUCGAGUUCUUCCAACAAGUCGUUACUUGGCACCCCUUGAAACAUGUUGGCAAUGCACUAGAUUAUAACUAUGGUAAUGGAAGGGUGUGGUACGCACUCGUCACCUUCCUCUAUGUCGAUAUCUUGGACACCACUGGUACUCUUUACUCUAUGGUUAAAUUCGCUGGUCUUCGUGAUCCUGUCACCCUUGACUUUGAAAACUCUACCAUCGCAUAUUGUGUUGAUGCCUUCUCCAUCUCCAUGGGCGCACUCGUGGGUACAAGUCCCGUCACGGCAUUCAUUGAGAGCGCCACUGGUAUUGCUGAGGGGGGUAAGACAGGUAUCACCGCCAUCGUCACUGGACUCCUCUUCUUCGUCUCUGUCUUCUUCGCGCCCAUAUUCGCUUCCAUCCCUCCCUGGGCCACCGGUGGCGCACUUGUUGUUGUUGGCUCUCUCAUGAUUCGCAACGUGCGCGAUAUCAACUGGGACUAUGUUGGCGAUGCCGUCCCUGCAUUCCUCACUAUCCUUUUCAUCCCUCUCUCAUACAAUAUCGCAUACGGCGUCAUCGUCGGCGUGUUCUCCUAUGUCAUCAUCAACGGGUUCGUGUGGAUAGUUGCCAAGCUCUCCAACAACACAAUCAUGCCACCCAACUACGACGCGUCCGAGCCCUGGGUCGUCCCUCCCGGCGGCAUCGUGCCCACCUGGAUCAAAAUCUUGAUCAAUCGCAACACUCAGCUCAUAGAGGAAUCGCCCUCCGAAUACGCGUUCCAGGUGCGCCAGCGCCAUCACUCAAACAUCUCAGUCGACACGACGUCGCAGGAGACGGCUCGCACGCCCCAGAAGUUGACUUUCCACGAAAAAUAA